UUCUUUUAUUUAAUAAAUUCAAUAUUGAAAUGGACAAAAAGUUUAUACAAUUAACAACCGAACCUUACGUUACUUGUCCGCCGUGUAUUGACAAUAUAGAAAGAUGGGAUUUUCGAUCAACAUUUGAUGAAAAUUCUGAUGUGCCCACAAGUUACAUUCGAUCAGAUCCUGAUGAAUGGCGAGCAAAAAAGCCUUUUAAUUUAGAAAAUCACAACAGAAACUCAACAGAUGCUUCCUUCAAUUAUUCACACUGGACUGAUUUCCGCUAA